UUCUUCGCGCUCCCCCUUCACCCCCUCCUGUUUUCUGUGUCCCUGCUCUACUUGAAGGCCUUGGGGACCAACAGUACCGGCUGUAUUGAACCAUACCUCUCUGGUCUCAAAGCAGGCAUUUUUUCAGGCCGAGUAGCUUCUCCUGCAGCAGCGUUGGCCCCUGGCCUAAGGAAAUGCCACCAGGAGGGGGCACUGCCCUCCUUGACAGUUUCAUCAAGCCAAGCGAAGGCCCUCCUGGCAAGCCUGUCUGCCUCUGGUCUGACCGCUGAGGCCUUGCUCUUCUCCUCUGCCCUCCGCCAGCGUCGCCUUCUACGUGAGCAGCGAGCAUCCUCCCUGCCCAGCAGCCAGUCCUCCUCCUCCACACCCACCACUACCUCCUCAUCUUCCUCUUCACCCACCACCCCUACUCCAUCCCUGUCCCCCUCCUCUCCCACCCCUCUAAGUUCCUUUAAUUUCUCAUCUGGAGUUGCCAAGCCAAGCAGACAAAGCCUUGUCAGCCCCAGCCUCAGCAACUGCAAGGAUGUGAAUGAGGACGUCACCCCUGGCAGCUCUUAUUGAUGAACAAGAGGAGAACUAGGACAUGGGGGAAUGCAACUUAAGCAUCAACACAUCAUGAACCGUUAAAAUAAAUCAUGUAUAUUAACCCUAAAUGAUUUUUUACUCAUAUGUUCUUUCAGGACUUUUUAACACCGCCUUUUUCUUCUUGUUGGACUCACUCAAGUCAGCAGUCUUCAGAAUUUCAUUAUAAAUGGAGUCUCAGCCUUUUUCUUGGGCAGGAUUUCUACUCUGAUCUGGUACCAUUGUUCCGCUGCAGUUCUCCAACGUGGUCCUACUGCCAGUUUCCCGGAUAGAGAGCACACAAACGGGCCUCCUCUCCCACCAGCUGCCUGCUGUAAGCUGAUGUGGUCGGAUGUAUUCUCACAUACCCUCGCUCAGUGGGUUGUUAGUGGUAUCGUUAAAAUAUCUAGACUGUAAUCAUAGAAAAUAGAUCUGCAAUAAUCCCCAAGUGAGUCCAGUAGUUAUGUAUUUUCAAUAUUACAUUGCUCUAACAUACCUGCAUUGCCUGGCAGAGUGUGAAAUCUGCUGAGAAAAAAAAAAAGAAAACAAAACAUGGUGAUGUUUGUGGUUUGUAGGUAUUGUGUAAAAAGGGCAUUAGUUGCUUUUCUUGCAUCACCUGCGUUUCAAACUUUGAAUUGGUGCUAUAUUUUCCCCUCUGUUUGUGCACACUUAUAAAGAUUUUACAUGAUAGUUCUACCCCGUCCAUCCUCUUGUCUCACAGUCUGUUUUAAAUUAAUUUAUAUUUCAAUGUUUAAAUGCACAUCUACAGAUCAAAUAAACACUAAUUAGAAACAAUUAGAGACAUUUUAUUUAGGCUAUUACAGUAUAUUCACAAAAGCACAUUGCAAUGAGUGGCCCUGAAACAGCACAUCUGUUUAAAAUAGUACAAAGAAGCACGGUUUCACAAACAGAAGGGGAAAAAUGCAAAUGAUGACUUGUACAAAUGUUAAUUUUCUUUAUAUGUGUACUAAUUAGAUAAUUAUGACAAUCAGGAUGUGUUCACAGUAGCAUCAUGAAGGUUGCUCCGACAUUUUAGCACCCGGCAUCAAAACCCAUCCCAAAGAUUCAAGCACACACAGUGAUGAAUAAUCAUACACGGAGUCUGUCACACAUGCACUUGUAAAGCCAAGCUGUACAGCACAGAAUCAGCUUGUUUUUCUUUUAGCAAAUCUUGUAUGAUGAUUUAUUUGAAGCCCCAUCUGUUGCACCACUGAUAAAGAGCACACUGGUAAAAUACCCCUUAUUGACCAGAAAAGAUUCUGAUUUACAGACAGAAAUAUGUUUUCCUUUGAGACACUUCUGUCUUUAAAGCAGUCAGUCUGCUGUCAUGAAGCUAACCAGAGUUUUUAGUAGUUUGCACAUCCAUCACUGUAGUGAACUGGUGACACUUGGUGUGUUUCGAAGAUAAAGAAUGUUAAUCAGCACAACAGACAACAGAUGGUUCUUGGCCCUCGAAGGUACUGAGAUGUUAAUAUAUAAUGUAAAGAAAGCACAGACUCUUCUCAAACAUAAAAUCCAGCUUCAGCUCAAACAAAACCAUUCAAACCCUUUAGUUAAGGGAAAAUAGUGCAAUGACAUCAUGUUAUAUGAUGAAAUUGAGAAAUUUUAUUGGUUUUAAAGAAACAUAUAAGCUAAUUUUUUUUAGUUUGGUGCGAUUGUGAUUCAGAAAACUUAGCACAAAAUCAACGAAUGACUUAAA